GUCAGUGUGUGUGUGUUCCAGGCUGUGAUAACGUGGUGAUCAUCUGGAACGUGGCUCGUGGUGAGCCAGCCAUCACGCUGGACUCCAUGCACACCGACAUGAUCUACAGCGCCUGCUGGAACGCCACGGGCAGCCAGAUCAUCACGGCCUGCAAGGACAAGAAGAUAAGAGUCAUCGAUCCACGCCAGGGGAGCGUGGUGCUGGAGAAAGACAAGCCCCACGAAGGGAGUCGUCCCGUGCGUGCGAUCUUCGUGUCAGAGGGGAAGAUCCUGACCACUGGCUUCAGUCGUAUGAGUGAAAGACAGGUGGCGCUGUGGGACCCGAAAAGCUUGGAGGAGCCUCUGACUCUGCAGGAGUUGGACACCAGCAGUGGAGUGCUGCUGCCCUUCUUCGACCCUGACACUGGCAUUGUGUAUCUGUGUGGCAAGGGGGACAGCAGUAUCCGGUACUUCGAGAUCACAGACGAGCAGCCCUACGUUCACUACCUCUCCAUGUACACCAGCAAGGAGUCCCAGAGAGGCCUGGGGUACAUGCCCAAGAGAGGGCUGGAGGUCAACAAGUGUGAGAUUGCCAGGUUUUACAAACUCCAUGAGAGAAAGUGUGAGCCCAUAGUGAUGACCGUCCCUCGCAAGUCGGACGUGUUCCAGGAGGAUCUCUAUCCUGACACGGCCGGGCCGGAGCCCUCGGUCGAGGCAGACGAUUGGUUCGCUGGGCGGGACGGGGAGCUGAUCUUCAUCUCGCUGAAGGACGGCUUCGUGGCGACGAAAACGCGAGAGUUCAAAGUGAACAAGACACUGCUCGCCAAAACCACGGCUACCGCCCGGCCGAGCACUAAGGACACCGACUUGCAGAGUGUGCUCGAUGAAGUGAAGAAGCUGAAGUCGACCGUGGAGGAACAGAAGAAGCGAAUCUGUGAACUGGAGAAGAAAGUGGGGAAAUAGAUAGAGGGGAAGAGGUGGGGAGAGGAGAGGAAGGAAGGCGAGAGGAGAGGAGAGGGAGGGAGGUAGAAAUGCUCUUCACAACAGUGCUACUAAACUUCAACUGGGUUUUUGUCUCAAACUAUCCAUUGAAUGGCUCUUUGGCGUCCCACUGAGCUCCACAACACAGCGCUCAUUCACAUUUUAGUGUCCAGUCUAAAGCAAGUCCAGUCUAAACACAGCUCAAUUCAUAAUGAGAACUACGAGACAUAGUGUCUCAGUGCAGCUCUGAUCCAACUCAAAUCCACCCAGAAACACAAAGCAUGCAAAAGUGCUGAAUUCAGAACUGUUCAAAGAAACUGAAUUAAUUUGGUGACACGUCUUUUCCAAUGCGCAUUUUGUGGACGUUGAGAAAGACUUAGAGUCGAAAAUAUUUGCCAUUGAAUUUAGUACUUUCACAAGGUGCCGUACUACAGCCAUGUGGGGUAACUCAGAAGUAGAGCAGCUAUGUUAGAUAUAAUGCAGUAUUUUUUUUUAUUUUAAUUGAAGUAAAGUAUUGUAUCGGUGUCAGCACUAAUUCUUGUAUGUGUUAAUAGCACUGGAAUCAAAUCUAACCAAAGAUCACAUUGAACUGAUACAGAACAGAAAGCAGCCAGGACUUCUUCAGGGACUAGGGGAUAAAAAUACACCCCCUUUAAGAAAAACAUUCUCUUUAAAUGUGACAACAGUGCAGUAACAGUAUUUAACCAGAAGGAGGUGCAAAUGCAAUAAACAGGAGGAAAACAUGAAAAUGUCAACGAUUUAUAAAAAAAAAAUUAGGACCAAAAGAUAUGAUUUAUUUUGUGUGUGUGUGUGUGUGUGUGUUUUUUUUUAGGG